AUGGACGACCAGGAAUCGUUUCAAACCACCAUAGAUCGGGUGGUAUCCGAGGUGCCGUCGGUGUCGGUCUCUACAGUAUUUAACCCGCCGUCGUUGACCAGUGCUGCAGAUGAGUUCCCGCAGGCAAAGCCCUCCAUCAACCGGCACGACGCGCUGUGGGCCACCAUGGGUGCUCUGCAAGACGACAUUGAGCUGGCGCAGGAAGUGCUGAAAAACAAGGCGUUUCUCGGUCCGCUCAGAGCAGAGCAUGUGCAGCGGAUCAAAAAGGCCCAGAUCGAGUUCGCCCAGCGCAUGUCGAAGGAGGAAACGUCGCUAGGCAUGAACCACUAUCGAGAGAUAUGGACCAACUCCAAUUCCGACAAAUUGAGGUCAAGACUGUUCGACGACCCUUACUUUGACCUGCUCAAUGACCAGGUGAAAAAAACCGAAGUUGCCUUGGAGCAACUGGCCGGCCUGCUGGACAUGGAAACGGGGCAGAACAAGUAA